UGACCAGAACACUAAUAGCCUUUUCCGUAACUGUCUUAAAACAUCGAAACGCACUGUUUACACACAUUUGUACGUCUAUUUUUAUACAAUUAUAAGUAUAUUAUUGUACACGCAUAUAACACUGGCAGAUGUAUGUAGAAUAAAUUCAUGUUAAAAGCUUCAAAUUGAAAUCGUACCCAUUCAUCGCAAUGCUUAAGCUGGGCUCCGUGGCCUCACCCUCACGCUUCUGUGCUCCUCUGUGGCGACGCUUGGGUUCGGCCGCCAGCAUCACCGGCGAGGCAAAGCGAGUGGAACGGGAGAAGCUAGUCCGGAGCUCCAAUCGACUCCAGGAAGUAGAAGAUCACGGCGUGCCGUGUCUGGAAGAGUGCGGCAAUGAACGAAACGAAGGGUUGCUGCUCCGUCACGCCAUCGAGGAGGUGCAGCGACGACCCAUCGAGAUACCCAGCAUAGUGGGCGACGAGUCGAUCUUCACCAUGGACAACCAGCGCCUGAGCUGCCCCCACCAUCUGAAGACGGUCCUGGCGCAAGUGUUCUUCGCCAAUCGCACCCAAAUCGAGAGCGCCGUCAAGUCGGCUAUCGCGGCGCAGGGCAGCUGGAGCAUGGUAAGCUCCAGCGAACGUCUGGCUAUCUGGCGCAAGGCUGUCGACAUCAUUCAGGCGGACGAGCUGCGGAUACGUGCAUACCUCAUGAUGACCCUUAGCAAGACGUCGGAAGAUGCCACCAACGACAUCCAACGGCUGCUCAGCUCGCUUCGGGCCAACGCCGACUACCUGGAGCACCUCGCUGAGCUACGCUUCGAGAUCCAGGGGGAUCUUAAUGUAUUUCCCAGCUUCCACCUACGACCCAUGGACGGCUUUGUCGCCGCACUUGCUCCUUUCGAAUCGAUAGCACUGUCGGCAAGCUUAGCCCUUUGUCCGGCUCUGAUGGGCAACACGGUGCUGUGGAAUCCCUCCCUUGAGGUGGCACCCGUUAGCUAUCUCAUCUUCCAGGCCUUCCAGCAAGCGGGCCUACCCCCCGGCGUCGUGAACUUCAUCCCAUCCAAUAGGCGGCUGUUCCUAAACACCGUCACCAAUGCCGUGCACUUCUCAGGUCUGAACUUCCAUUCCAGUGCGGAGGAGUACAGGUACGUCCACAAGCUGGUGGGCGACAAAAUGGAUCGCUAUAUCUGCUUCCCGCGGAUAGUGGCCGAGUGUCCAGGACAGAACUUCCAUUUCGUCCACUCCAGCGCCAACGUGGACUCUGUUUGUUCAGCCACGGUCCAGGCGGCGUUCGGAUAUGCCGGACAGUACUCCAAUUCAUUGUCCCGCAUGUAUGUGCCCUCGUCCAUAUGGCACCAGCUGCGGGACAAACUGGUGGAUGCCACAAAGAAGUUGCACAUUGGCGAUCCCGUUCAGCCGGACACGGAUAUGGGUGCGUUGAUCAACAUCAACGCGUUCCAACAGAUGCAGAAGCUCUUGAAACACACCGAAAGUUUGGGGCAUUUGUGUGGGGGAGUGUGUGACGACACCACCGGCAUGUUUGUCCAGCCCACGAUAGUCCAGGUUAGGGAUCCACUUGAUCCCCUGCUGUGCGAGCCGUUCUCCGGUCCCUUCUUGCCCGUCUUCGUCUACGCGGACGACGCGUUCAGUGAGGCCCUCAAGCUUGCGGCCAACCAAUCUCGCUAUGCCCUUUCCGGCUCCGUUUUUGCGGGCCGCGACGAGGUCAUCCUACACUGCCUCAACCAGCUGCGGAUGUCGGCCAGUAAUCUUUACGUGAACGAGCGCUGCACCGGCAGCAACCUGGGACUGACACCGUUUGGGGGCAACCGCCUGUCUGGGACCAACGACAAGUCCGGCUCGGCGUACUUCCUCAUGCGCUGGUGUUCGCCGCUGCUGAUUGAGGAGACCGUGGAGGGCCCUGUCCAGGCCCAAGGCUCAAAAAGGGUUCUUUGAAUCAUGGAACCUUUUGGGUAUAAUUUGUAUGUAAUAAUAAAGACAUUCAUGUGUGUGAAACAGCGUA